AUGACAUCGGGCGCAUCACCACUCCCACCAAGGUUUCUUACGAAGAAGAAUUCUAUCCUAUCUCAACUUGCGCUAGAUCCAAGCGACUAUGAUGACAAGUCUCCCAAGGGCAGUGUUGACGCUCAGAUCUUUGAUCUCAUUCGACUCAUCAACGGCGUAGAAGGAUGGGUCACGACAAGCAGUUGCGCUGGACGUGUAGCUGUCUUCGUGGAGGGCCCGAAGAAGGAAGUGCCUUCGAACAGAUCAACGUCAAAUUCUGGAGAACCUCCUGACAAGCAAUUUGACAAAGAUGCUGCAUUCCUGGCAGAUGUGGACCGUGAGGGUACAGGGUCUGAAGUCAAGACAGCACCUGGUGGCAAAGGCGGCGGACGAUGGCUCUUCGUUUCGCACGAUCCUCCUGACGUUCCUGAUCUACAAGAAGUCGGCUCUGAGUUUUGGACACAGAAGUUCGGAAUGUCCAGAAAUGGCGAUGUACCGUCCUCUGCUCGACUGAUUCACCUCACUUACUCACCCCUGAUCCUACACGUCCUCUGUGCGACACUCGACUACGCCAAGCCGCUGCUCGCUGCUGCCAUUAACGCCGGCUUUCGCGAAUCUGGGGUCCAAAGUCUGAAAGCCCUGGACCCGGACUACGAUGGCGACGGUGUGAUGGUGGCUAUUCGGACAAACGGCAUUGUCUUUGAAAGCGUGAUAGGACUCUAUGAUCCGUGCAGAGACAGUGCAGCAGCUAUUGUGUCUGAGGAGUAUCUUGCGAUGUGCACGGGAAUCGUCGGAGAGAGGUUUCGGUGGAAUGAAGUCAGAAAGGAGAGAUUGGUGCAGGAAAUUGUUGGGGCAAUGAAGCGCACGCGACUUGCAGAGGGCGCUAAGCAGAUCGAGACCAAGGACGAUCGACGACAACGGAAGCGACAGGAGGGACUGGCCAGACAGAAGAAGCAACAAGCUGCGCAAAAAGAGGCCAAUGUGAGCCAGCAGACCGACAAUGUUGAGGACCAUGAUUGA